CUUGAUCUCCGCGUCUAAGCCGGGAGAAGCCCCAGGUUUCCCAGCCUUGGCCGCUCUGUGUCCCCUGACUGCAGGAGCCUAAGGACGACGCCGGGUGUCUCGGGAAAUGAUGCUCAUUCCUAUAAAAUACAACUUGACUGAAGUAUUCCAGGAAUUCCUUUCAGGAUUUGAGUGCAAGACGGUGGUUUCCUUGUUUGGAACCUGAGUGGGUACAGUGAUGAGAUCUGAAGAAGCAAAGUCAAUUCCUUUAUUAUUCCCUGAGGAUGGGCUCAGUUCCCCAAGGAGCAUCUGUGACCUUUGAUGAUGUGUGUGUCAAGUUCACCCAGGAAGAGUGGGCUUUGCUGGAUCCUUCACAACAGAAGCUGUACUGGGAUGUGAUGGUAGAAACCUUCAGGAACCUGGCCUCUGUUGAGGAAGAUCAGACCAUUGAAGAGGUUUACAGAAAUUCCAGAAGAAAUCUAAGAAGUCAAGUGGUAGGGGGAUUCCGUGAACACAAAGAAGAUAUUCAGUGUGAAGUCUUCAGCCAUACUCCAGAACAUAUUAUGAGCAAUAAUACUCCUACUGAAGUGGGAACAAAUGAAAACUGUGUGUGUACAGAAGACUUCAUCAGGCAUCCAUCCCUGAGUCUGCCCUUCAGGACUCAGAGUGGACCUGAGCCACAUGAGUAUCAGGAAUAUGGAAAAAAGCCACUUAAAUGGAAGUAUUCUGGGAAAUCCUUUCCUGACUCCAGAUUUCUUAAAAGGCAUGAAAGAAGUCACCCUGGAGAGACACUCUUUGUAUGUAAGCAGUGUGGAAAUGCCUCCUUUCAUUUUUGUGUCCUUUGCAAACUUGAACUCACUGUAAGUGGAGAAAAACCCUGUGUUUGGAAGCAAUUUGGGAAACCCAUCUCAAAUUUGUGUGCUCUUGAAAAACAUGAAAGAACUUCCAGUAUAGAGAAACCCUAUGUAUGCAAGCAAUGUGGAAAAGCCUUUAGUUCUUCCAGUUACAUCAAAAAACAUGAACAAAUUCACACUGGAGCAAAACAUGCAUGUAAAGAGUGUGGGAAAGCCUUCUGUUGGUCCACUAGCCUUCAAAGACAUCUAAAAACUCACAGUGUUGAGAAGCCCUAUGUAUGUGAACAGUGUGGCAAAGCUUUUAAUUUUUCCAGUUACCUUAAAACACAUGAACGAAUUCAUACUGGAGAGAAGCCGUUUGCAUGUAAGCAAUGUGGAAAAGCCUUUCGUUCAUCCAAUUACCUAUUAAAACAUGAACAAACUCACACUGUAGAGAAGACCUUUGCAUGUAAUCAGUGUGGAAAAACUUUUAUUUCAUCCAAUUACCUCAAAAAACAUGAACAAAUUCACACUGGAGAGAAGUCCUUUGCAUGUAAGCAGUGUGUAAAAACCUUUAGUUCAUCCAAUUGCCUCAGAAAACAUGAACGAAUUCACACUGGAGCAAAAUGUUAUGCAUGUAAACAAUGUGGGAAGGCCUUCUAUUGGUCCAGUAACCUUCAAAGACAUAUAAAAACUCACAGUGGUGAGAAACCCUAUGUAUGUGAGCAGUGUGGAAAAGCUUUUAGUUCUUCUGGUUACAUAAAAACACAUGAAAGAAGUCACACUGGAGAGAAGCCAUUUGCAUGUAAGCAAUGUGGAAAAGCUUUCUAUUCAUCCAGUGCCUUUAGGAAACAUGAACAAAGUCAUGGUGGAGAGAAAACCUUUGCAUGUAAGCAAUGUGGAAAAGCUUUUAGUUCUUCCAAUUACCUCAAAACACAUGAAGGUAUUCACACUGGAGAGAAGACCUUUGCAUGUAAGCAGUGUGGAAAAACUUUUAGUUCAUCCAAUUACCUCAAAAAACAUGAACGAAUUCAUACUGGAGAAAAACGUUAUGCAUGUAAACAAUGUGGGAAAGCCUUCUAUUGGUUCAGUAAACUUCAAAAACAUGUAAAAACUCACAGUGCUGGGAAAUCCUAUGUAUGUGAGCAGUGUGGAAAAGCUUUUACUUCUUCCAGUUACCUCAAAACACAUGAAAGAACUCACAGUGGAGAGAAGCCCUUUACAUGUAAGCAAUGUGGGGAAGCCUUCUAUUGCUCCACUGCCUUUAGGAAACAUGAAGAAAGUCACAAUGGUGAGAAAACUUAUUUAUGUAAGCAAUGUGGGAAAGCUUUUAGUUCUUCCAGUUACCUCAAAACACAUGAAGGAAUUCACACUGGAGAGAAGACUUUUGCAUAUAAGCACUGUAUAAAGCCUUUAAUUCAUCCUCAAAUGAGGAUACCUCAAAACACAUGAAUGAAUUAACAGCGUAGUGGAACCUUAUGAGUGCAAACACAGUAGGAAAGACUUCCGUUCUUCCAGCAAACUUUGAAGACAUGCACAAAGUAACCCUGGAGCAAACCUACAUAUGUUAGCAGUGUGGGAAAUCCUCCUUCCGUUGAGUGUCCUUCAAAGACACGAACCAACCUACAGUUAACAGAAUUCCUUUUUAUGUUAGCAAUGUGGGAUAGCCUUGUUUUGCUUACAUGUUGUUAAGAACACAGUAACACCAAAAGAAAAAGGGAAAAAAUGGUUACAAGAUGGUACAAUUUACUGUAACUGUAUCAGCUAUCUCUAGCUGUGUACCAAUUAAAAACUGACAGUUAAUUAUAAAAUAAGCAACUUUGUGUACCAUUUGUGAAAAAUCAUUGUAUAUAUAAAGAUAUGAGUUAAAGUUAUGAUAAAAAUGUCAGGUAUGAAAGAGGCACAAGUUGAAUUGAACUUUUACAAAAUACGAUGACAACACAUAAUUACAAUGUACUAACACUUAUCAAGAAAAUCAGAAGAGGAUUAGACUUUAGGUGUUCUAAUCACAAUGAAAUUAUAAGGGUCCAAAGCACUCUAUCUGGUGGGUUUCCUAAUUUAAUCACUCUGUAAUAAAUGUAUACAUUUCAAAACAUUUUACAUUAUUAAUU